CCACUAGUGAAGCACCUGUAAUCUGAGCCUCUUCCUUGUCUCUCCAUCUCAAAAUCUUAAGUGUCUCUAAAGUCUAAUCAAAUGCCUGCCACACUUCAUCUCUGAUCCCAAAACUCAAGCUCAAGAAGCUAAAGAAGCGGUUCCUGUAACCAUCAGCCAUGUUUUUGGCGCCAAGUAGUUAUGCUUCUUUUUACUUCCCACCUUUGCCAAGAACCUCUGUUCAAGCUUCCAAACAAAACCCUUUACAAUUCUCUCAAACCAAGCAUUUCUUCUCCGAGAAAAACUUUUUUUUAAGCUCCUCAAGCUUUUUUUGCUAUAAACCUCCUGUUUUGGUGAUUAAAGCCUCGGAGACUGAGGCACAGACAUCAAAGACUGACAGUGAAGGUGAAAAAAAGGAAGAAGAGUAUGAAGAGUAUGAGGUGGAGAUUGAACAGCCUUAUGGACUCAAGUUCACUAAGGGAAGAGAUGGUGGCACUUACAUUGAUGCUAUUGCCCCUGGUGGCUCAGCUGACAAGACUGGCAAAUUCACUGUUGGAGAUAAAGUCCUUGCCACCAGUGCAGUCUUUGGGACAGAAAUAUGGCCUGCUGCUGAAUAUGGACGAACAAUGUACACUAUCCGCCAGCGACUUGGCCCGUUGCUCAUGAAAAUGCAAAAGAGAUAUGGAAAGUUGGAGGAAACUGGUGAAUUGACAGAAAAGGAGAUUAUAAGAGCAGAAAGGAAUUCUGGUGUAAUCAGCAACAGAGUGAGAGAAAUCCAAAUGCAAAAUUACUUAAGAAAAAAGGAACAGCAAGAACAAAGAGAAAGGGACCUUCGAGAAGGGCUGCAACUUUACAAGGCUGGGAAAUCUGAGGAAGCAUUGGAGAAAUUUGAGUCUGUAUUGGGAUCAAAACCAAGUCCACUCGAAGCUGCAGUAGCAUGUUACAAUGUGGCAUGUUGUUAUUCUAAGCUUAAUCAGGUAAAAGCUGGGCUCUCGGCACUUGAAGAUGCAUUGGAAGCAGGAUAUGAAGACUUUAAGAGAAUCCGGACAGAUCCCGACCUUGCCAAUCUCAGAACUUCUGAUGAAUUUGAUGCUAUUUUGAAAAAGUAUGAUGAAUCAUUUAUCAAUGAGAAUGCCAUCAAUGCCAUUAAGUCAUUAUUUGGUUUCGGUAAGAAAUAAAGCAAAGAUUUUGCAGUAAAAUUGGCGAUUGUUCAUGAGCGACAGAAGAGAAAAGGGUUUGUUGAGCCAGAAACUCCCUGAAAUAGUUAGUGUAGCUUGCAUGAUUUUGUUCAUAGCAUUAUUUCAAGAUGAUACAAAGAUGUUUAUAUGAUUUGCAAACUGCACUUUCUUCUUUCUUUGCUUUCCCAACAAGAUUGAAGAGAAUUUUGUAGAACUAUAGCUGAUCAAUCAAAGAUUAUUUCACAA